CUUAUCACUUCUAAUAAGAAACUACCUAAAAGCUUUUCCUUUUGGAAAAUUCCGAUCAAAUUCAAACCCUUGCAUAUUAUCGUCUUAUUUUAAUAUAAAACAUUUUGUUAAAUUGCAUUUACUCUCAGUCGUAAAGUGCUUGCUUACCAACAACUUCUAACAAAGAUUUAGAAAUAAAAAUUGAAAUAUAAAAAAAAACUGCUGUUCCGUAUAAACAAUGAUUGGAUUGAUAAACCUGACAGGUUUGGGAAUAUUUGCGUUAUUGCUUUGUGCAACGCAUGGACAAGAAUUGAUUUCAAACGAGGUCGAGGCUAGAAAUUUCCUGACUGAAACAAGCAAUACAAUUUUUAUGUUUUUCGAUGAAUUAACUGAUAAGGAAUUUUACUUUGAUGUUCAUCUUCAACGCAAUCACAAUCAAUCAAAUCAAAAUUAUAUAAAUUUUUUAAAUCAAAUUGUAGCGGAUACACGAAAAUUCGAUUUUGAAAACUUUAAUGAUGAAGAUUUGAAAUAUACAUUUAAAGUAUUGGUUCAAUUAGCUGACGAAAAUAUUAUUGGAGUAAAUCGAAGAUUAAAGAUAUUGGAGUUGUUAAGAGAACUAGACUUAUUACCUUAUGAUAAAAAAAUUGCACAAUAUGACCCAAGAAAUAUUUAUUUAGUCUAUUCACCUGAUGUUGAAGAAAUAAUUGAGAAUUCUUCUAACGAGGAUGAAAUCCAACAUUAUUGGUCAUCAUGGAGAAUUAUGAAUGGAAAAUGGGCAAAGGAUAAUCUUAACUUAGUUAUCCAGGGAUUAAAAGAUGCUGCUAAAAUGAAUGAAUUGUCUCCAUUGGAAUUUUGGUCAAGAGGAUUCAACAUCACUGACAUGGAAGAUUUGGUGUGGCAAAUUCAACCUCUUUAUAGGGAAUUUCAUACUUUUAUUCGAAAAGUAAUUCGAAAUAAAUUCGGUUCGACUGUCAUCAAGCGAGACCGACUAAUUCCUGCACAUCUCUUUGACCAAGUUGAAAUGACAAUCGAUAGUAUUAUUGAAGAACUUUUCCCUCCUGAACGUAAUAUAAAACUUAAAUUAAAAGACAAAUCAGCUGUAGGACUUUACGAAAAAACAGAAGAUUUUUUUGAAGGUAUAGGAUUUGAAAGAUUUCCUGAAAGGCUUUGGUUAAAACAUACGUAUUUGUCUAACAAUGGAUUACCAUGGAAUAAAGUUGGUGUUCAUAAUGAUGACGAUGAUGAUGAUGAUCAGGAGUGUCAAAGCAGAGUUAUUUAUAAGACUCCUAACCCUUAUCUAUUUUUUUGUGAGAAAAUGAGUUUUACGGAUUUUCUUGAAUCGUAUAGAAACUUGGCAUAUGUACACUAUGCCAAGGAAAUGGUAGGUCUUCCAGCUUAUUUUUUCAGCGCUCCGCAAGAUUUGGAUCAUGCCAUUGGAAAGGCUAUGAUGUUAUCGGCAUCAAGUCAACCCAAUGUAAAGAAAGUCGAUUUGAUUGAUGAUAUUUAUAUCCCAGAAGGAGUUGAAUUAAAUCGACUUUUGCAAUGGGCUUGGUAUGAAGUCAUGAAUGUUCCAUUGGAUUUUGUUCAUGCAAAAGUUAUGGCUGAUCUUUUGUCAGGAGAAAUUGAAAUGAAAGACCUUAAUAACCAUUAUUGGGGGCUCUUGAGCAGAUAUGCAGGCAUAAAGAAACCCGAAUGGCAUGAAAUCAAGUCUGAAGUUGAUAUUUUUGAUUUUCCUGUUAAAUUUUACAAGCAAAUGAGUAGCAAUGAAAUGUCACGAGAAUUUACAACAGAAAUUUUGAGUUUUCAAAUUCAUAAAAAACUGUGUGAACUCAGUGGAAGCUAUCCCAAAGAGCCUUUGCAUCUAUGUGACAUAAGUGAAAGUAAAGAUGCUGGAAAUGCCUUGAAGAAAAUGAUGAAGCUUGGUAAAUCGAAACCAUUUUACCAAGUGCUUGCAACUUUGUUUCCUGAUAAUCAAAAAAUUAGUGCUGAAGGGCUUUUAGAGUAUUUUAAGCCAGUCAUUAGAAUGGUUCAAAGAAAGAACAAAGAAUUAAACUUAAAGGUCGGUUGGGAGACAGCAAGUCAUAGACGCUCUAGAAUGUAGAUUAAAAAACUGCACAUUUUUAGUAUACAAUUCUUAUAUUUCUGAAAUAAAAGUUAACACUUUUUUUUAAGAAUAAAAUUUUUGAAAAAGUCAACAAAUAAAUUCAAGUUUAAUACCAAUUUUA